AGACUGCUACACAAACAUGUCUGGAGUGUUGAGUCUCUUUUCGCUGCGUGAUCGGACUGCUGUCAUCACCGGCGGGACGAGAGGGAUUGGCCAGUCCCUUGCGAUCGCUCUAGCAGAGGCUGGAGCCGACAUUGUUUUGAUACAGAGAGAUUCCAAUAACGUUGGCACCAAGGAACAGAUUGAGAAGCUUGGAAGGAAGGCAACCAUAUAUGAAGCAGAUCUCGCGGUCCCAGGUCAGAUCAGUGGUCUGAUCGAGCGAAUUGUUUCAGACGGCCACGACCUGAGUAUACUAGUCAACUGUGGUGGCAUACAGAGACGCCAUCCUCCUCAAGAGUUCCCGGAUGGUGAUUGGAAUGAGGUCAAUCUCAAUACAGUCUUCACACUCUGUCGGGAUAUUGGGGCUCACAUGCUGACACGAGAAGGACCUCAUCGUGGAUCUAUCAUUAAUAAAUCACAANNGAUUGCAUCUUUGGUAUCAUUCCAAGGAGGUCUCAAUGUGCCCGCCUACGCUGCCGCCAAAGGAGGUGUAGCACAAUUAACGAAAGCGCUGUCAAACUCCUGGGCCGCGCAUGGCAUCAACGUCAACGCUGUAAGCGAAUUGCAAGGG